CUCAUUCUGUGUUGCCCACUCGCCUUUACAAAUGAUAGCUUUUGUAGGUUCUUCAAUCCCCUUUGGUGCCUUGAACCCCUGAACAAUAUCAAAAGGUGCACUUUCCAUAUUGUAGCAAUAAACCAGCAGAUGUCGAAGUUUCUCCAGAGAUGUGAUGGAUUACCACUUGGGAUUAUUGAAAUCAGUAGGGCUUGCGGAGUAAGCCUCGUCAAACUAAAUACGAGUGGAAAAAAUUACGUGAUAGCCUUGAGUCUGAAUUGAGAAGCGGUGGUGCCCUUUCAGAUAUUAUGAGAGUGUUUUCUGCAAGUUACAAGGAUUUACCUUACCAUCUCAAGUAUUGCUUCUUAUACAUGAGUAUUUUUCCUGAGAAUAAUCCAGUUAAGCGAAGAAGACUGAUUCGGCUAUGGAUAGCUGAGGGAUUUGUAACAUAGGAGAAAGGCAAGACUCUUGAAGAGGUGGGGGAAGAGUACCUGAAUGAGCUUAUUUGCAGGAGUCUGAUAAAGGCAAAUGAAAUGGACUUUGAUGAAAGGCCAAUAACUAUUGGAGUCCAUAGUCUCAUGCAUAGGAUAAUUCUCUCAGUUUCACAAGAGGAGAACUUCUGUACUGUUUGUGCAGGACCAGAAGGAAACUUGGCUGACAAACCCUGGCGCCUAUCCAUCCAGACGGGAAACUUUGAUGUGUCUUAGGACUUAACCUGUGUUCGAACUUUUUUCAGUUUCAGUACAGGUAGGGUAAACAUUGGUUCGAAUUCAAACUAUUGAAGGUUUUGGACAUACAAAGCACUCCUUUGGGAAACUUUCCAAGUGCCAUUACAGAUCUUCUGCUCUUUAGGUACUUGAGUUUGAGGAAUACAAAUAUAAGGAGCAUCCCCAAAUCCCUCAGGAACCUACGACACCUUGAGACCUUGGAUCUUAAGCAGACUCUGGUAACAAACAUACCCAAAGCAGUCCUACAAUUGGAGAAACUUCACCAUCUGCUGGUUUAUUGCUACAAUAUGGAAAGUGCACCUUUUGAUAUUGUUCAGGGGUUCAAGGCACCAAAGGGGAUCGACACAUUGAAGAACCUACAAAAACUAUCAUUUGUAAAGGCGAGUGGGCAGCACAGAAUGAUACAAGGGCUCGACAAUAUUACGCAGUUGAGGAAGCUGGGCAUUGUAGAACUAGCAGAAGAACAUGGGGCGAGCUUGUGCCUCUCAAUUGAAAAGAUGCCAAAUCUCCACUCCUUGAAUGUAACCUCCCUUAAUAAGGAGGAGCCUCUGGAGCUUGAUGCAAUGACCAAUCCAUCACCCCUUCUUCAACGCUUGUACCUCAGAGGGCCUUUGGAAAGGUUUCCACGGUGGGUAUCUUCUCUACAUGACCUGGAGAGAAUACGCCUAAAAUGGUCUUCACUCACAGAAAACCCGAUUGCAGCUCUUCAAAACCUCCCAAAUCUGACAGAGUUGCAGUUGCUUGAUGCAUACACUGGAACCCAGUUGGACUUCAACUCAGGAAAAUUUCAGAAGCUUAAGAUAUUAGACCUUGAGCAAUUGAAACAGCUGAGGUUUAUCAUAAUGGAAGAUGGCACAUUGCCUUGCCUACAAAAGCUGAUCAUAAGGCAAUGCAAUGAGCUGGAACCUGUCCCCGUUGGUAUUGACAGGCUCCAUCAUCUCAAUGAGCAGCACCUCUGCGAUAUGCCUGAGAAAUUCGUGGCCCAGCUGAAGAAAAACGGUGGUCAAUUUUGCCGUCUGGUUCACCAUAUUCUGUGUAUUCAUUCAUAUAACCAGGGCCAGUUGAAAGAUCUUUCUUGAUCAUUAUACAUCUAUGAGGAAGAAUCAGGUCUGUAGAACAACCUGAAUUCAUCGUUUCCUUCUUCUAGAUUCCCCAAAACGUACUGUUGGAUUGCUAUUUCUCAAGGAACCUAUGGCACCUUGAGACCUUGGAUCUUAAGCAGACUCUAAUAACAAAGGGCUGUUUGUUCUUGUGGAAGUCAUUUCUCGGCAGAAAAAUAUCAUUCCACUGUCUGACUCAUUGCACAAUUUGGUGUGUUUUCCAUUUUUCCAGUAGGAAGUUUCUCCAGUAUUUUCACCUUUUAAGCUGUUGUUAAUUGGAGGUUCUCUAGCUUUGUAAAUUUCAUUUUCCUAUCUAGAAAUAGCUUUGAGACCAACAUAUGGAGCCAUGAAAGAAACCUAUUAUCUGUUGCAUGUAGUCAUUUAGUUGUUUGAUUUUCUUCAUAAUUUUUUUUUCAUCAAACUAGAAACUGAAGGAUUUGUCAAAUACAAGUGAAAAAUGAUUUCUAGUCCACUGUCAACUAUUCUGUUUAUCAGAUCAAUUUGCUGCUAAAAUCUUCUUUCUCGUUUGGGUUAUCACCAACUGAAGGUAUUGGGUCUUUAUGUGUGGCUGAGUUUCCAAUUGGAGGAUUUGUUCCCAGACCGUGAGCUGGCAUUGUCACAGAGGGCCAUCUGUAGCAUGCUGAUUGAGGGGUUCCUGGAAAGAGGAGGGUGGCGACAGCCAAUGGCAAGUAGUGUGCCCUCUCGCAUUAGCUCAACUUCUCUUUUAUCACACAAGCAAGAUCUGUGAGACAUCAUUUGAAAAAGUUCACUCCAUCUCCUUUAUGCUCUGUUUGACUUUAGGUGAGUCUGAAGGUUAAAGUAACUUGGAAACUAGAACGGCCAAUACUUGCUACUUUCUUGUAGUCUCCAUAACUAAUAUUUCCUUACCAAUUCUUUUGGCCAUCAAACCAAGCAUUAAGCUUAAGCUUUCCGAGGAGAAAUUUCGUGCUUCUGAUGCUGCAGUUUUCUUGUAAAUUUCUAAAUGCACACUUUCUUCAACAUUGUAUUUUCUUUUCUUGCUGUACAUUCUUUCGUUUAUGUGAACCAAUUGAUGGAAAAGAAAUAAUCAACUAAUU